AUGGGAGUGGUGACAAUACGAGUGGAAUACUGCGGCAACUGAGGCUACGAACCCCGCUAUCAUGAGCUCGCCCGAGUCGUAAAGGGCGAGUUUCCUGAUGCGGAUGUGUCGGGCUUCGUGGGCCGCAGAGCCAGCUUUGAGAUCGAGAUCAACGGGCAGCUGGUUUUCUCCAAGCUGGAGCUUGGGGGGUUCCCGUAUGAAGAUGAUGUGAUGGGCAUCAUCCAGAAAGCUUAUGAUGGACAACCUCUGGUGAAAAUCACCAAAAGUCGGGCACCAUGCGUCAUCAUGUAA